UGAUCACCAUCACCAUUCGUUACCGACUCUGCUGGUCUUUGAGGUUGGGUGUAGGGAGUUGUUUAGAAAUUAUUUAUUUAUUAUAACAAAUGAUUUAGGAACAAUUGCUUCUUGUAAUAUUACGCUCUAAAUAUUGCCACUUUUUACACUUUUUUUCUGAUAUCUCUUUUUCCUCCCUUAUUUACUGACCAGCAAAGUGUCUUCGCAGUUUUUAAGGUUAUAUUUACUAUUUUCGUAACCUUGUGCUCCAUAUUCUUGAAAUAUUGUAUACUACUUAUACAGAACGUAAAUCGUGUGUUAUUAGUCAUCAGAUAUUCCAUAAGAAUACCAUUAUCAUGUCAGUAUCAUUAGAUUCUAUCUUAAAUCUUGCCCUUGUGGCAUUCUUGUACGGCGUAACCAAUCCAUUUAUCAAAAAAGGAGCUCAAGGUCUAGAAAAUGUAAAAUCAUCUUCGAGAUUUGGUCAAUUCUUUAAUGAAUUGGCAUUCCUAGUUACAAAACUGAAGUAUAUUGUACCAUUCAUCAUCAACCAGUGCGGUUCUAUAUUAUAUUUUUUAACUCUGAGUAGUACAGAUAUAUCACUGGCUGUUCCAGUCACUAAUUCACUUACCUUUGUGGUAACUGCGAUAACGGGUUGGUUUAUGGGUGAAGAAAAAAUACACAGAAAUACAUAUAUUGGAAUGGCAAUGGUACUGAUCGGGACAUUUCUUUGCUGCUGGGAUAAAAUAGAUGAAACUUUAUAAUUAUAUUGUAUUUAUAUAGGUGUAAAAUACAGUUUUAGAGUCACAAAUGAACAAAUCACAAACACCAAUAACUAAUCGAGUAUCUUUUAUUUCUCGGUAAAUUUAUGCAGAAUACAGUACUAAUUAUACA